UCCUCUCUCGCCCUGCUUCUCUCUUUUUUCUCUCCCUCGCUCAUCCUUGAACCUUGUUUCUGUCCUCUCUCUCUCUCUCUCUCUCUCACACACACACACACACUCUCUCUCUCUCCCCUCUCUCCCACCCGCAGCUUAGUCCAUGGCCGCCUGAAAUGGGCCGGGUGGGCUUAGGGUUGGCGGUGGGCUGCGCAGCAAUCUCCUGCACAAUCGCAGGAAUCCUAGUGACCAAACGAAUCAAGAACCGCCGAAAGUGGUCGAGGGUCGUCGAGAUCCUCAGCGAGUUCGAGGACGGAUGCUCGACUUCGAUCGCGAGGCUGAGGCAGGUGGUGGACGCCAUGGCCGUGGAGAUGCACGCCGGCCUCGCCUCCGACGGCGGCAGUAAGCUCAAGAUGCUCCUCACUUUCGUCGACCGCUUACCUGAUGGGGAAGAAAAAGGUACUUACUAUGCUCUUGAUUUGGGUGGUACCAACUUUAGAGUUUUGCGGAUUCAGCUUGGAGGUAACAGGUCUGUGAUUCUAAAGCAUGAAGUGGAGCGACAACCAAUUCCUGAAAAUUUGAUGAUGGGUACCAGUGAGGACCUAUUUGAUUUUAUUGCCAUGAGUUUGAAACAUUUCGUUGUUAAAGAGGAGGGUUCUGAACAAAGACCAGACAGAAGUAGAGAACUUGGAUUUACAUUUUCAUUUCCUGUUAGACAGGUGUCUGUUUCGUCCGGAUUCCUUAUCAAAUGGACAAAGGGAUUUGCAAUUGAAGAUGCUGUUGGAAAAGAUGUUGCUCAGUGCUUAGAAGAAGCCAUGACCAGGAGGGGGCUGGAUAUGCGGGUGGCAGCAUUGGUUAAUGAUACUGUGGGGACAUUGGCACUUGGUCAUUAUCAUGAUGAGGACACUGUUGCUGCAGUGAUUAUCGGGACAGGCACCAAUGCCUGCUAUGUGGAACGCACUGAUGCUAUAAUUAAAUGUCAAGGACUUCUUACAAAUUCGGGUGGAAUGGUUGUAAAUAUGGAAUGGGGUAAUUUUUGGUCAUCACAUUUGCCAAGAACUUCAUAUGAUGUUGACCUAGAUGAUGAGACCGCAAACCAUAAUGAUCAGGGUUUUGAGAAAAUGAUAUCAGGAAUGUAUUUAGGUGAUAUCACGAGAAGGGUGCUUUAUAGGAUAGCACAGGAAUCAGAUAUUUUUGGAGAUGCUGCUGCUAGUUUAUCUGCUCCUUUUGUACUAAGGACGCCUUUGAUGGCUGCCAUGCAUGAGGAUGAUUCUCCUGACCUACGAGAAGUCAGCAGAAUACUGCAAGAAAACCUGCAGAUGCCAGAAAUUUCAUUAAAAGCAAGAAGACUCGUCGUAGGAGUCAUUGACAUCGUCACCCGAAGGGCUGCUCGCUUAGCCGCAGCUGGCAUUGUCGGAAUACUAAAGAAAAUAGGAAGAGAUGGGAGUGGAGGUAUCGGUAGUGGGAAAACCAAAGGAAAAAUACGAAGAAGUGUGGUUGCUAUCGAGGGAGGUCUUUAUUCAGGAUAUUCCAUGUUCAGAGAGUACUUGAAUGAAGCGGUGGUGGAGAUAUUAGGAGAUGAAGUUGCAGAGAGUGUAGUUUUAAGAGUGUCUGAGGAUGGUUCAGGGAUUGGUGCUGCUCUACUUGCUGCUACGGCUGCACAUUCAUCAGAUAGAUAAGGAUUAAUAUAAUUAUAUAUGAAAGAAAUGUAUCUUUGUUUCUUCUUCUCUGUGAAAAUGUAUAAAAGGAAUUGUUUCAUAUUAAUAUAUAUAGGGUUGAGGUUGUGCAGUGUAUU